CGACAUGCACCAAAGUUGGCCACUUAAACUACUUCCAGCCAGCUAGCAGACAUUAUACUGAACCCAAACGACACCCAGGGAAAAGAAUAACAGUGCAUUUUCCAACUCUAAUACAAUUAACUUCCUGUGUAACACAUCCAUUUUUGCAGACGUCCCUGUUUGAAGGGGGUAGUGUUUUUUAUUUGUCGUUUUUGUUUUUGUUUUUUUAUUUUUCAUUUUGUGCAUCACUUCUUUCCCCCCGGUGGACGGGCUUGUCCAGUUUCAUCGCCUGGGAUUGGGAUUUGACAGCACACCGAGCAGCUUCUUGCAACAUUUUUGAAGACCUUCCGCUUUUUUGACUUGGACUUUGUGAGAUUUAGCAGGUUCCGAGAGUCUGACUCGGCGUGUUGAGUAGCUACAUGAUGGCUACUUUACCAGGAACUGUGCCUCGGAUGGUGCGCCCUGCGCCAGGCCAGAACUACCCCCGAACCGGCUUCCCUCUGGAAGUAUCGACCCCCCUGGGCCAGGGUAGGGUGAACCAGCUUGGCGGCGUGUUCAUCAACGGGAGGCCCCUGCCAAAUCACAUCCGACACAAGAUAGUGGAGAUGGCCCACCACGGCAUCCGACCCUGUGUAAUCUCGCGACAACUGCGAGUUUCUCACGGCUGCGUGUCCAAGAUCCUCUGCCGGUACCAAGAGACCGGCUCCAUCCGUCCGGGGGCCAUAGGAGGCAGCAAGCCCAGGCAGGUGGCAACUCCUGACGUUGAGAAGAGGAUCGAGGAGUACAAGAGAGAAAACCCGGGUAUGUUCAGCUGGGAGAUCCGGGAUAAGCUGCUGAAGGACGGGGUGUGCGACAGAAGCACAGUUCCUUCAGGUGAGGCUUCAUCUGUGAGCUCCAUCAGCCGCGUUUUGAGGGCCCGAUUUGGCAAAAAAGAUGACGAGGAUGACUGUGAUAAGAAGGAUGAAGAUGGAGAAAAGAAAACAAAGCAUAGCAUCGAUGGCAUCCUCGGUGAUAAAUGUAAUCGCACAGACGACGGUUCAGAUGUGGAUUCAGAACCUGACUUGCCUCUGAAGAGGAAGCAGAGGCGCAGUCGCACCACUUUCACCGCUGAGCAGCUGGAGGAGCUGGAGAAGGCUUUUGAAAGGACACAUUACCCGGACAUCUACACCAGAGAGGAGCUGGCCCAGAGGACAAAGCUCACAGAGGCCAGAGUACAGGUGUGGUUCAGCAACAGACGGGCUCGGUGGCGUAAACAGGCCGGAGCCAAUCAGCUCGCAGCCUUCAACCACCUGCUUCCUGGAGGGUUCCCGCCCACUGGGAUGCCAACUUUACCCACGUACCAGCUCCCAGAGUCCAGCUACCCCAGCACUACACUAUCACAGGAGGGCAGCAGUACGUUGCACAGACCACAACCCCUGCCUCCGUCCUCCAUGCACCAGGGAGGUCUGAGCGCCGACAGCAGCUCCGCUUACGGCCUCUCAUCUAAUCGCCACAGCUUCUCCAGCUACUCAGAUACUUUCAUGAGCCCCUCAGCAUCCAGCAACCACAUGAACCCUGUCGGCAACGGGCUCUCCCCACAGGUGAUGAGUAUCCUGAGUAACCCCAGUGCUGUACCCUCCCAGCCCCAGCACGACUUUUCCAUUUCCCCCCUGCACAGCAGCCUGGAGAGCUCCAACCCCAUCUCCGCCAGCUGCAGCCAGCGCUCUGACACCAUCAAGAGUGUGGACAGCCUGGCUUCCUCCCAGUCAUACUGCCCCCCCACCUACAGCGCCACCAGCUACAGCGUGGACCCCGUCGCUGCUGGCUACCAAUACAGCCAGUACGGACAGACUGCCGUAGACUACCUGGCUAAGAACGUGAGCUUGUCCACCCAGAGGAGGAUGAAGCUUGGAGACCACUCAGCCGUGCUGGGACUGCUGCAGGUGGAGACAGGACAGGCCUAUUAAAGCCUUCAGGACACAACCUGCACCUCUCUCUCUCUCUCUCUCUCCGCUGCCCUUUGCCACCCUCCUUCAUGCUCCAUCAAGUCUGGACUCCAACUCCAGCUCACCUGUCUGCUGCUCACUGUGCAGCUCGCCAAUGACAUUGGCGCUUGUGAAAGAGACGCUCGUGGGUGUGACAAGGCUCUUCGGGGAACGGGACUAAACUUUUCACUCCAUUGUCACCACCAGGCGGCUCUGUAGCCUCUAUUCUAAAUCUUCGGGUCUUCGCUGCUCCAUGUACUCUUAGCCCUGCCCCAAACCCUGUUUUGUUUUGCUCAGACGCACAGAGGGCCAGACAGGGUCCCAGACGACCCGAGGAUGGUUGGCCGCCUUGGCCCGGCUCCUCUUUGUCAUGGCGGCAGUCCAGCACACAUUUAGAGCCAUCAACAACGUGUACUUUGACCUUGCUGUUCAUAGUAGUUAACAAAGCCAAUAUCAUUUGAGCGACUCUUAUCCUUGUUCUUUUUUGAUAUUGUUAAGAUUAUUGUUGCUGUUAUAUGAUUAUGGUUAAUGUGAUUUAUGUUGUUCUUUGAUUCCAUUUGUAUCUCUUUUCUCUGUUAGAUGUUGGUGUGUAAAACACAGAUGACUGAGACCAUUUGGGAGUGAGUGUUGCGUGUGCAUGUUUAUGUGUCACACAGAGAGGAUGAUUGUUUUCCAAGCUGCUCUUUUUCUGCCUGUUCCCUGAGCUCUAAUGUUCGCAAACGAUUUGACCUUCCCACUUUCAUAUUCAUCUUGACAUUCCUAAAGAACUUGGCCACUCGGUGGGAAGUCUGGCUGGAUGGAUUCUGCGGGGAAUUAAAGCAGCGUUUUGGCGGCCAAUAGCUUUCCCCUUCUAACCUCCAUCCCAUCCUUAGCCGUGGUCCAUAGGGAGGAGGGCAUUGUUUGCAAAAACAGGAUUGGGGAAAUUAAUGUAUUUUGUUUAGAAAUAUGGACCUUGCCAAGGAGGGCUAACUCAAUCCUCCCCCUCCUCCCCUCCCAAAUCCCAUCUGCCUGGGAAUCCUGUGUGACUUAAACACUGUAAAGCAGAUUAAAUCGCACAAAUGUAAUGUCAAAGCUAAUUGACAGUGACCCUCUCCAUUAAUAGCCAGGAGGCGAUUUCUGUUUUAGAGAGCAAUUAGCACAUUUUGUAAAUGCACCUUUGGUUGGUUUCCACUUUACUAAACUACACUAAAUAAUUAUUCCUUCAAAAACAUUCCACAGGCACCAUUUACAAAUAUAUAAGCAUUCCACCACUUUCUGUUAUAAGAUUAAAAAGUGCACAAGCUGUGCCAUUCACAUGCAUUCUGGAAAAUCAUAUAAUCCAGUCAGUUGUGAAAGGGCACAGGUAACACCUCUGAUUGGCCCCCCUCUCUGGUUGGAACUGGAGCUGACUCUAAUCCUCCUCUUUGACGCGCUCACAGAAAUGUACAAAAAAGAAGAAAAAAAUUAAAUAGUGGAUAUGACACAUUUGUGUAGUUGACUUUUGCCAUGAUCCAGGACCAAUUGUUCCCUUGAGAUGUGUGUGAUUUUUUAAAAAUUGACAUCGAUGUGUUGAUACACAGGACUUGUUUGGUCUUCAGUCGCCUUGAAAUGAAAACUGUACAGUAGCCAGAGCAGAAUGGGUAUUGUUUGUUAAUAAAGAGUAUGUUUUAUACUAAAACAGAACUAUGUUGAGUGGUAGGUAAGCAAGGAAUCUGUGGAAGUAAAUGUUUUAUUUGAGUUUCUUUAACUCAUUUGGCUUUGUUUUAAAUGUAUUUAAUUGGUUUACUCUUUUGUAUCAUUUUUUUCCUGUUUUGAACCCAGGUAAGAAUGGAAAAUUUGUAUAAAUUAGUUAAAGUGUUAAUUCCACUUAAAUUGUUCCUAUGAAAAUUGUAUAAAAGAGGAUUAAACUGAGCUCAAUGGAAAAAAGCUUGGUGACAAAGAUUGACUCCCUGGACCACUGGACCACUGUAUAUUUAAAAGGUGGCUGGAUGAAACAUCUUCAUGUGUCAGAGCGUUUAGAGGAUGUUUCUGACCACCUAUUCUUACAAACUAAUACUGAGAACAGACCAGACCUGCCCGGACCAUGGACCUAACACACCUGAACUCUGAGCCUUCGGUGUGGUACUGGCAACGGUUCAGCACAACAGUGAAGCUGGUAAAGACAGCCUCUCCGCUCUGGGAAACUAAAUAGAGUCACGUUUAAUUUGUGGACCAAUGAGACUUCACCAGAAAAAGUCUUGCUCAAAGGAACGCUGACUCUGCACUGAAUCACAGCAGCUACGAUUGCUCUGCUUAGACGCCUCACUCAUGUGUAUAUUUUAAAUACGAAGAAUUUUAGAAUUGUCUUUAGUGUGUCAAACCCAUUUCUAACACUUGCGUCAAUAAACAUUUGGAUAUUUAAAGCAUUAAACUCCUUAUGCCCCUCCUGUCUGUUUGACCCUUAACCUGUUUAGUUGCUUUCUGACAUCUGUGCUUUGCCUUACUCCUUUUCUGUUCCGCAUGUGUGUAUAUUAUCAUGGUAUAAUUUAUUCUGCUGUAUGAAGUAUUAGAGUAGUGGGAAACUUGUAUUGGUAUUUACUACCUUCAGCCUGUUGGUGUGUUUACUGUAACACUGGCGUAACUGUUAUCAAUUAAAGAUCCAAAACUGA